UAUAAGCGCUGACCAUGUUGCGGGCCGCGUGUUGUUAUCUGUGGUGAAACGAUGCUCAAACGUAUUUAGCAUCGCGUAGUGUAGAAGGUGACAUUACUUUAUCCGUUCGAACAAUCCACACUCGGAUCUAUCAAUCGAUACUAUCCCUAUUCUCCGGUUAAAAACGCAUCAACGCUAAGAAAUUAAAGUGCAACGUUUGUAAAGAGGGAUUCAUACACGGAAAGAAUCUAGUCCUCAGGACCAAUUAUUUGACUUUCCACUUGUAGCGCGCUUGUAGUUAGUUUUGGGCUUGCUCUUUAGAUCAUUUACCACCCGCGGAGGAAAACGAUACGAUGCCGUCCGUAAGAUGGCCUUCCCGUUUGGCGUUUUUGGUGAUUGGAAUGUCGCUCAUAUUGUUCCAUAUGAAUACUAACUGUUUCGCUGCACAGGAUAUUGACCAACAGGCUUCUAGUGAAAGUAACUCUACUGACCGAAGCGUGAACGCGACAACUGCCGCAUGGAUGCCGUACAUGAUGAAAGAUUCAGAAUCGGAAUCGCUAACAUCCACUCUUUGCAAGAAUUGCACAUGCAAAAAGGACACGGGAAGUUUUGAUUGCAGUAGCAAACAGUUAGGCUCAAAGACAUUCCCUUUGGAAGCUUGGCAGUCGUUAAAGGCGAGCGGUUUCGAGGUUAAAUCGAUUCUACUCGUGUCCACUGGUCUAAAGGAGGUGCAACGAUUUCCUGCUAUGGAUGUAACUACGCUCGAUCUCAGUCACAACGAAAUUACAACGAUCGAAAAACCGAGUUUUAAAAAUUUGACCAUGCUAGAAGUGCUCGAUCUAUCGCACAAUCGACUCAAAAGUGAAUCCCUUACGCCCGAUAUAUUUGUUGGCCAUUAUUCGACAUCCGAGUUCGAACCGAUGCAGCGUCUACGAGUCUUGCGGCUUGGUGCUAAUGAUCUGCACUCUCUCAAUCAAGAUUUGUUUGAGCAUCUACCAGCGUUAGAGGAGCUUAGCCUAGAGUUGAAUCCUUUCAAAGUGAUCGAUCAGCAAACGGAAAUAGCCAUCGCAAGUAUCGAUCGGCUGGUCAGUCUCGAUUUAAGCUACAUGGAGUUGGAGGACAUUCCCAAAUAUUUAUUGCACACCCCCAAAGGUUUGCGAGUGCUUAACCUGACCGGAAAUCUAUUGCACAGUGUGCCAAACGCAUUGUCCUACGCUACAGGCUUAAACUGGCUUAGUUUGGACGAAAAUCCCAUUGAUUCUAUAAUAAUAGGCUCAGAAUUUCCUGCGUUGAAACAGCUCACGUUCCUCAGCCUUUCGUACAUGACACAACUGAAAGUGAUUGGUCACCAUGCGUUCAGCGGAUUGGCGUUACUGCAGGAGAUUCAUAUCACUAACAAUCCUCAUUUGAGUCACCUUGAUGGACGAGCGUUCGUACGGAACGAUACUACCAAUCCUGAAAUGCAGGACUGGCCACCAGUUAAGCGACUGUACUUGCAUAAUAACAACAUUUCUUAUAUGGACCCACAACUGCUAGUCCAGUGGGAUUCGAUGGAAUUAAUCGACAUCCGCGUCAAUCCUUGGGCCUGCGAUUGCUCUAACCGAUGGCUGUUACUCACGCUCCUUCCCAUUAUCGAACGCACGACCCCAGCCAUCCUCAAUAACAUCGAUUGCAGCAGCCCUCCGCAAAUGGCAGGUUUUUCAAUGGUGGACCUUGCCCACAAACACACACAUAUGCGUUGCCCAGACGGAGUCGGUAACAAUCCAGCGAAUGACGGAGCACUCCUUAUGGGGCUCCUAAUAGGUGUACUGAUAGCAAUUCCGUUCACAGCUGCAGUUUGGUGUGUGUACAAACGUGGUUGCUUUGGAUUGUUCGGUCGCACAAGCGCUACCGCUUAUUCGCGAGCCUUUUACAGUCGUACCACCCUCAAUGAGGAAUUCUAAUGCCAAAAGAAAGAGCGGAACGCUUUGAGCUUUGUUUUAGCUAAGGUUGUAGGCUGCGUUGUGCAUUCAAUAAAAUGAUGUGAACAUGCA